AUGUGUAACAUGGAAGCUUAUUUAGAAACUUGGGGAUUAACCUCCUUGAUUCUAGUAUUUAAAGAACAAGGAAUUAGUGAAGAUUCGCUAUUCCUCCUAACUGAGGAUAACAUUAAGGAAAUAAUUCCACCAAUUGGGCCACGUCUAAAGAUAUUGAAACAGAUUCAAGAACAUAAGGAACAAGAAAAACAAUUUCCAAUUAUUGUGGAUGAACUUCCAUCAGUUUCAACAAACUCAGAAUUUUCAGUAAGUUCAAAUGCAACAAUGGAAGACAAUAUUGAAAUCGAAACAGAAUUGGAAAACCUGUUUAAUGAAUCUACACAACCAGCAUCAUUAAGUAGCUUGCAGCUUUGGACAGUGUUCUCUGCUGCCUAUACAGGUUCCAGAGGAGCAACCCAGAAACAAAAUAAAACUGAAUUCAGCUUUUCCAGAGGUAACCUAAGUUCAUUAAUUUGUAGUUUUACGUUUGUUACAAUUGCAAUCAGCUGCUUGAAAAAUUCAAACUUUGAAAGUAUAUCAGUAAAAGACCUACAAAGGUGA